GUGAUGAGCUGUGACAAUGAUUCAAUUAUCGAACAUUUGGUUAAUUCAGUCCUCGAGAGUGUUUUUGUAGGGGAAAUCUUCCGAAUUCAUCGUGAUUUGACAAUAAAUAAAUUAAUUGGAUUUAAAGAAUGGGGAGAAGAAGAAGAUUGUGAUUCUAUUAAUGAAGGUAAACAAACAACGAGAAAAUCCUCAAUUUCUGUUUCCCUUCGAAAUCCUCGAAAUAUUGAAUGUCGCUGUUUUGUUUGUAGCAGGAUGAUUGCGGCUGUAAGAUUUGCUCCACAUUUGGAAAAGUGUAUUGGGAUUGGGAGGAAUACAAGGGUUAGACGUCGUGUCAACAUUGCUCCCACCUAUGAAGCUUCUACAAGCAGCAAUGUUCCCUGCAGGACAACACGUUCUUCAACACUUCGUUCAGCCACAAAAACAACAAAUAAUCUUCAUGAAAAGGUUAUUAAUACAAAUUUUAUUGAGGAAGAAAAAAGAGAAGAGGAUGAAGAUGUGGGGGAGGAAGAAGAAGAAUAUACUCUUCAUUUAAGAGAUAGACUUAGAAAUAAAAAUAGAUGA